UUAAGUUCCUACAGUUUUGUUUUUUUUUUUUUUUUUUUUACAUUGCAUUUAAAGCAUUUGAUACUCUUAUCCAGAUUUAUGCAGAAGUCCUCUGUAGUCUCCAUCAUAACGAUCCUCAACCUAUUACAAAUAGGUCAAGGUGUAAGAAAACCUAUCAAGCUAAAAGCUUGUUAAAGAGAAGUUAGAAAUAUUUGACUGGUCAGUUUAAUCCUAAAUCACAAGUAGGCCUGUUGGUGGAAAUUUCAGAAAUUAAAAAAAAGAAAAGCUCUAUGUCUCCACACUCUACAUCAAUACACUAUCUGGCCAGAAGUUUGUGGGCAUUUGUGAGGUCAUGCACUGAUGUUGGGCGAGGAGGCCUGGGGUGCAGUCAGCGUUCCAGUUCACCCCAAAGGUGUUCAGUGAGGUGAAAUUCAGGGCUCUGUGCAGGACACUCCAGUUCUUCCACUUCAACCUUGACCAACCAUGUCUUCAUGGAAAGGGAAAGCAAUGCUACAGCAUACAGAGACAUCCUACACAACUGUGGAAAACAGUUUGGGGUAGCAAAUGGUGUGGAAAGGAAGGAGUGUGACGGUCAGGUGUCCACAAACCUUUGGUCAUACAGUGCAGCUUAAAAUGUCCACAUUAACAAAUAAUAGAUGGCUUAUCGCUGAAAAUGAAUUUGCACUCAAAGGGUGUGUGAAAACGUGUUUUGCAGUUAAAGGGAUCAGUGUGUAAAAAAGUUUGUGAACCCCUACUUUACACUGCAGUGUGUUCAACCUUACAUUUGGUUAAGAGUUCGUUUAAUUCAUGCCUCUAGUAAUGAACGUGUUCUAUCGCUGUGUGUGUGCGUGUGUGUGAGUGCGCGUGUGAAUGAGAGCGAGAGAGAGAGCGUGUGCGCGUGCGCGUGUAUGUGUGUGUGUCCUCGCCAUUUGAAGCCAGACCGGCGAUUUCUCAAAAACUACUGUAAAGGCCUGAGUUGUGACCUCAACGCACCAGAAUGGUCAAAAUCUUCGUAGGGAACCUUUCCCCAAACACAACUACAGACGAGCUUCGGUCCUUGUUCUCUCAGUAUGGUAAAAUAUCCGAGUGCGACAUCGUGAAGAACUUCGGCUUCGUCCACAUGGAAAACAAAGCCGAGGCUGAGGAAGCCAUUCGCAACCUUCACCAUUAUAUGCUCAACGGUCUGGCCAUGAAUGUGGAGAUGAGCCGAGGGAAACCCAAAGCCUCCACCAAGCUCCACGUAGGCAAUAUCAGUAGUAGUUGUACUAACCAAGAGCUGCGGGCCAAGUUUGAAGAGUUUGGCCCUGUGGUUGAGUGUGACAUAGUAAAGGAUUAUGCCUUCGUCCACAUGGAGCGGGUAGAGGACGCGAUGGAGGCCAUCCGAGGCCUAGACAACACGGCAUUUCAAGGCAAACUGAUGAGCGUGAAGCUUUCGACUAGCCGCCUGCGUACAGCGCCGGGAAUGGGAGAGAGAACGGGUUGUUAUCGGUGCGGGCAGGAAGGCCACUGGUCCAAAGAGUGCCCACUGGACCAGAACGGCUCCUAUCGUGAGGGCCAGGGCUCAGAGGGAUAUGGCGCUCCCCGGUUCGGUACGAGUGGCGGCGGUGGUGAUCGCGGUUUCCAACAGGGCUUCAAUGGCGAACCGAGCUUUGGCAGCAACUAUGGGCCUGUGCAAGGCUUCUCCCGUGGUACUGGUUAUGGGGGUCCUGGGUAUGGCAGGGGCAUGGGCAUGGGCACAGGCAUGGGAACGAGCACAAGCACGGGCACGGGCUAUAAUGGUGCGAUGAGUUUCGGUGUCGCGGCGGGAUACGGCAUGGGCGCGACGUAUGGCAGUGAGGCGGCAUACAGCAGUGGCGUCAGCUACGGCAGCGCGGUGCCCGGGUUCCCUGCGCGGCGAGCGUCCUAUGAUGAACGGGAUCCGUACGGGGUGGUGGACUACUACGAAAAGUAUCGUGCGCGUCCCUAUGGAGGCAAUUAUUUUGAUGACAGACAAGCUGUCCCGCUUCCCGGCCCUCCUCCUCCCCCUGCGUCCUCGGCCAUAAGCACAGAGCGCAUGCCCUCGUCUAGCCUUGACCUCUAUGAGCGAAAUCCCCUUGCUCCUCCUCAGGCUCCGGGUUCUUCGUACUACGGCCGUGAUAGGAGCCCAAUUCGAAGGCUCCCCCUCGAGGUGGAAGGAUACGCGUAUGAUCGUGCGCAUGUCGCCCCCAUCUCUUCGCUUCCUCGGAGCUCUGCGUUUGACAUGCCGCGGGAUCCUUACGCCGACCGGGCACGCUAUGCGUAUUAAGCUAACACCUGUGCGCGAUUCAUAAGUGUGCACAACACAGACUAUACAGUACAGUGGAUGUUGAUACAGCUAGUGAUGUUUUUUGGACGCGUCUAGCAUUCUGUAUUGAGUAGUAGUCAUGCUAUCAUGUGAAAUAUUCUGUGGUCGAUUUUUGUUAUUGUUUAAGCUUAUUCAAACGGUGCAGUCAUAAUCCUAGCAGAAAAUCCUUGAUUGCUCUAAUGAUUAACUGGUUGUGUUGUGAUGACUCUUUUUUUUUUGCAGGUGUCCUUCAAUCAUGCCUCCACAGACACAGUCAUUCAGUCAUCACUUUUAACCAUACAGUGAAUACUAUGGUGCUUGAGUGUGGUGGAGCAGAUUAGGUGCUUUAUUCUAAUAGUUGUAUUACUUGUAGGUGUUAUCAGAGUAGCAUUUCAUUAACAUCUUCAGAUUGGUUUCAGUUUCUUGGCUUUUUUUUUUAAUCUCCCAAGGAGAUAAAACAAUGAUUAGAUCCAUACUGAAUCCUGCUCGAGUAGUUGGGACAAUUCCACAUUUUGAAUUCUGUAAGCUUUUACAUGUAAGGCACAUAGGAAUACUAAUUAAGGAAUAAUAUCUAUAAUCCUCAACUGGGUGGGGUUUAAAUUCUUUUUGAUGUUACAUGGUUUUUAAUGUAGAUGUGGACUAAUCUACUUAAAAAUGUUGUAAUAUGAAAUCAAAAUUGGAGCAAAUCGAUAUGUAGUGUAUAGAAUAAAUCAGCUGAAACCAGGUAUAUUGCAGAUUGAGACCUACCUGUAGAUUUUGAACCGAACGAGUAAAUAUCAGCUUUGAUCUGAAAAGUCAGAUUGAAGAGCAGUCGUAAAAUUUCUUUGUGAUUUUCUUUCUUUGUUGAAACUCGUUAUGUGAUUUCUGUUACUAUCAAAAAAAAGAAGAGUUUUGGUACUUGCUUAGAAUUCAGUGAUUAUUUUUUAAUACUGUUGGUUUUGUUAUUUCUGUGAGGGAACAAUCAGUUCACCUCCUGUGCUUCACAAUUUUUCAGCAUGAAUAUUCAUCAUGAAGGCCAGCUUCUACAGUACUUCAUACAAUUUCAUACAAAAUAUAACUCUGUUUGACUAUUGUAAAUGUACUGACCCCUUUAGUAAAUUUAUAGAUCUGUACUACAUAAAAUUAGACCACUACAAAGUGUGUUAUGAUGUUUUUAAUUAAAUGAACCAAUUUCUUGUGUAAUAAAAUGAUCCCAGUGGAAAGGUCAUAGGCAGCAGUAGUAGUAGCAGCAGUUGCACCGGCGAUAGGAUUUAUCCUUGUAAUAUUAAAAGUUGUACUGCAAUUUAUUCCUUAAUAAAGGCAAUGUAUGCAGA